AGUAACCCACUCUUGGAAGAUACACAAAGCUAAGUGAAGAACAACAUGAGAGACAACACAGAAUUCAUCUCUUCUUCAAUGGAAGCAAUUGAAAGAAACGAUGACUUGCUCACUCAAAUCCUUGUUCGUGUGCCUCUCAGAGAUGUCAUAACCUUCAGACGUGUCUCCAAGCGUUGGCUCUCUCUCAUCUCCGCCCCUUACUUCCGCCGCUGUCACACCAGCGUAAAAGUAAAACAAAGAGUCUCCGGUUUGUUCUUCGAUUUCGCCCCCGACUCUGUAUUUCACCAGGAAGUGAAAUUCUUCUACUUAGACAAGGAAACCUGCCCCUCAUAUUCUUCAUCUUCAUUCUCCCCCAAAAUCCCCGAUCUAGGUUCUUCACUGAUAAUACAAUCUUGCAACGGCUUGAUGCUGCUCCAAUCGGAAGAAGCCGCGUUUAUCUAUAACCCUACUACCGGAGACAAGAAAACCUUGCCUUCUUCCUUUCCAUCGUCUGAUCCAUCAGAUUUGUAUUACUCUUUAGCUUUUGAUCCCUUGCUCUUUCUCGGUUAUAAGGUUAUCUGCAUUUUUGAUGGCCUGGAUUCAAAGGAUGAAUGCUUCCAAACCAUGAUUUAUUCUUCUGAAUCCGGUGGCUGGAAGCGCGGGUGUUCGUUGCCGCCUACCUCCCACAUUCAUUUCGAUAUACCAACCUAUUUCAAGGGCUCAAUUUAUUGGAACGGAAGAAAAACGACACUGCGUUUUGAUUUGAAGGAAGAGUGCAUGAAGAAUGACAUGCCUCGUUUGCCGCCCAAAACUUAUUAUAGAACCGUUCUUGUGCCUUCAAGUGGUUACAUGAAUUUGGCUGGAUUUGAAUCUGAUGAUGAGUUGUCUAUAUGCAUCUUCCGGUUGAAAGAAGACUAUUCUUCACCAAGGUGGGUGCACAUGCACAGCAUUGAUCUUCUACCUGUAAUUGUUCAAACUGCUUUUGAUAGAAUCACUCUUCAUGAAAAGGAGUUCUUCUGCAGCGUAAUCCAUCUCAUUGAAGAUCAUGAAGAUGGCAUGAGUUUGUUGUUGCAUGUACCGGGCGCAGUUGUUGUUCUGCGGUUAAAGGAUAGAAACUCUUACUAUGUGUCGGACAUACCAACAGGCAAUGAAAUAUUACAAAACACUUGGGGGUGGUUUAGAACCUUUGAGUACAUGGAGAGCUUAGCUAGUGUUUAGAAAGUUAAAGUUGAAGGGAGAUUUAAGGUUUAGUUUAGUAAAAUUUUUACUUUUAAAAGUAGUUUAUAAAAGUUAAUUUUUAAAAAAUAGUUUUUUAAAAGUUAUAUCAUUUAUGUUUGGUAAAUCAAAUAAAAAAUAGCUUUUAAUAAAUACAAGCAACAUCAAUUGCGUUUGGUAAAAUAGCUUUUAAAAUUUUAAAAUAUUAUAAUAGACAUAAAUAUAAGUAUUAAAUUUGAAAAUUAGUUAACAUAUGAAAUUAUAUUAGACUUUUAAAUUUUGAAAAGCACAAACCAACUUUAAAAAGCUCUAUUUUAGAUG